UUUAUUAAUAAAAUUCCCAGCUUUCCUUGGAGAAAAAAAGAUCACCUACCCCACAACAUCCACACUGUUUAUCAGUUAGCUAUGGCAUGAGUUAAUGGCCAGCUAUAAUUAGCUAGCGUGUGUACUUGUUUUACGCUCAUGUGCUUGAUUAGUUGUAACUAAUCCAUCAUCAUAAAUUCAUAAUCACGAGUCACAAGGUUGGGCGGACAAUGACGGCGGCGGAAGAAGAGAAGGGGGCGGCGGUGUGCGUGACGGGGGCAGGAGGAUACGUCGCAUCAUGGCUGGUCAAGCUUCUUCUCUCCAAGGGCUACACUGUUCACGGCACCGUUCGAGGAGACGCCGCAGGAGAUGUGGUAAAGUAUGGUCACUUGAAGAAGCUGGAAGGAGCUGCUGCAUCGUCAAUGUCAGGGAAAUUGAAGUUGAUGAAGGCGGACUUGCUGGACUACGAGUCGCUGGUUGGGGCUGUGGCAGGAUGCGACGCCGUAUUCCAUGUUGCUUCCCCCGUACCCUUUGCCCUUAUAUCCGACUUCUCCACCGCUCAGAAGGAACUGUUGGAGCCUGCUGUGAAGGGUACAUAUAAUGUACUGAAGGCUUGUUCUGAAACAAAUGUGAAGCGCGUAAUAAUUGUGUCCUCGGUAGCUGCUGUUUAUAUGAACCCUAACUGGCCUGUUGAUAAAGUGAAGGACGAGUCUUGCUGGUCCGACGAUAAAUAUUGCACUGAAACAAAUAACUGGUAUUGUCUUUCGAAAACAAUAGCAGAAAGAGAUGCCUUUCAGUAUGCACAAAAACAUGGGCUUGAUGUGAUUUCUGUUUGCCCAUCACUUGUUUUGGGCCCAAUGCUACAGCAGACACCUAAUUCCAGUAGCUCUGUUCUCAUCUCUCUUUUGAAAGAAGGAUCUGAAACGGUUCAAAAUAAGACACCAAUUGUGGUGGAUGUACGCGAUGUGGCCGAAUCACUGCUGCUAGCCUAUGAGAACCCUGAGGCUGAAGGUAGAUACAUAUGCAACGCUCAUACACUAAGUGUUCGGGAUAUGGUGGAAAUGUUGAAGGAAAUGUAUCCACACUAUAAAUACCCCAAGAGCUUCUCGAAGCCUGAAGGGAAUGGCAUAGAGCACAAAGUGACUUCACAAAGGCUGCAGGGGCUGGGCUGGUCUUUUCGGCCUCUUAAGGAAACUCUUAAAGAUUCAGUAGAAAGUUACAGACAAGCUGGCCUCUUGGAUUAGCAUAUACGUGUGUGUGUAACCACUACUAUUUGCUGUAUGUAAUGUGAUUUCUUCUUUGCACCAACUGUCUGAUCGUUGAAAUGGGUGGUUGUUGAAUUGCUGAAUGCUUUAGCUUAGAGCCCCUUUGAUCGUAAGGGUUGUUUCAGGGGCGGAGCUAGAGGGGGGAAACCUAGGUCCUGAUCCAUCACAAAUUCAAAAAAUGCCUUAAUUUUUAAAGUAAAAAAUUAUGUGUAAUUUUUUUCAAAAUUUUUUUUUACCGGUCCAGUGUCCUGACUCCGCCCUUGAUUGUUUGGCUGACAUGUGUGAUUACACAUUGACUAUCAUUUCAUGGUGUAUUUUAUGUCCCAUGGGAAGCCAAUCAUAACAAGCACAUCCAGGUGUUGAACGUGUUAAAGUUAUGCUGAAUUUCAUUUGCCGUUAAUUUGAUUUAGGCUUGUGUACUC